CGCCUGUUCCUCUCCAUCGCGCCGCGCUCCUCAAGGGGAUGGGUGCCGCUCUUCCCGGGGCCGGAGGCCACACGAUUUGCAUCCACCCUCUCCCCCCCUCGCCCCCUCCACUUCGCCUCUCCCUCCGCCCACUUCCUUUGAGCCUUCUCCUUCCCUCCCCUCUCUUGUCCGCUUAACCUCGCGGCCACCACCGCGCUGCCGCCGCCGCCCCCGCACCAAGCAUGCUUGGCCAACGGUCUCUUCCUCUGAAAUCGCCCAUUCCCCCAUCGUGGACCGUACCGUGGGUGCUGGACGUCCAGCCGGCCGCCUAUCUGGGCGACCUUUUCCUGGGGUCGCCCAUUUCCGACAUCUUGGCCCAGUUUGAACGAUCGCCAACCACGAUCCUCCAUCAAUUCGUCGUGCGCUAUGAUCGCAGGCCCAACUCCCCGGCUCCUCACCUGCAACUGGACGUCGCAUCGCGCCAAGUGACCCUGCAUUUCCACCCGGUCUGCCAGCGUCUGUGCUUGAUUGAUGUGACCAUCUCUCAGGCGGUCCACCUGUCCUACCGCGGCUCGCUCUUCUUCUCCAACACCGGCCCCAUCACCCCGGAUGACAUUAUCGAUGCCUUCGGCCUUACGAAGAGCCCCGUGUUCGGGGGGUUUGUCGGGGGCAACGGCGCAACAGCCAUCGCCAUCCUGGACUACCCGGGGAUCAGCUUUGUUUUCCACUUCCCUGCAGCCGGCCUCGGGGAAGCCCGACGCCCGGCCAUCGGUGAGAGCAUCCGCUUUCCCACACGCCUGCCAUCGGUUUGCCAACGGGUGCUCAUUCACGCGGAUACCGCCCUGCUGGAUGUUCCCCACUCGACGGGGCUGGAUCCGCUGGAUGCGCAACACUCGCACAGGCAGUCGUACCCUCAUGCCGCCGGCUGGUCGCAGCAUUCCCCGCCGAUGGCUGGCACCGAACAAUGUGGGUCCGGCGGCCGGUCGCCCCGGCUGAUGGCGGACCCGGUUUUCGGCGGCCGAAAUGUCCAUCUGCCGCUGCUCUGGCCGAAGCGCCCGCCGCCGACGGUCUCGCCUCUGCAGCCGGCCCACGAGCCGGUGGUUCUUUUCCUGGAUGCGCUGCCGCUGGCCGUGUCGCGAUCCUUCUGCGAAACGGUCCCGGCUUUGGUGUUCCCCUUGCGGCGGCUGGUUGUUCGGCUUGGGCAGGGCAGUCAAUCGAUCCAGGACCGCCUGGGGGCCCCGUGUGCCGUGCAUUACCCCUCGGCGGCGCGGCUGCUCCCACGAGUGGGGGCCGGGGGACCCGCGUCGGCCCUCGGACCCGGGGAGUCGACCGCUGUGGCAGCCACCCCGCCGGUGGUUUCCUCGCCGGCGGCCGCGCACGCCAUCUACCAUGAUCGGGCCCUGGCCGCCCUCCGACUGGCCAAUGAGAACCUCCGUGCCUCGGGCGAAUUGCCAGCAAGUGUGCAAGUGUCCAGCAUGUCCACGAUGCUGGAUCUGCACCCGCUGACCGUCGAUCGGGCCCAGCUGGUGGACGCCGUGCGCCAGCAUUCAUCCGGGCACUCAUAUGGGCUCGGGCAUUCGGUGGGCAAUGCCCUGCCGCUGGCGGACCUGGCCGGGUCGGCCAGCGGCCGGCCCGGCAACAAUGACUAUAUCCUGCACUAUGCCAUCCUCGGUGUGGAUAUCUUGGUGUGCGGGGUGUCGCACCGGGCCAUGCGCUUCAUCCUGCGCACCAAUGUCCCCGGCCACGCGGGGUUCGGCCGCGUACGCCGGUGCAACUUCCAGGUGGUCAGCGACCGGGCGCUGGCCGGUCCGGAGGCUCGACGCCUGCUGGAACUGGACGAAAUGGACUUGGCCAUCGGGGCCGGCUGGCGGCCCGGGCCCUCCUCGUCCGGCUCGGGGGUGGUCUCCCCGAAUCCAUCCUCCUCGGCUUCUGUCUCCUCUUCCUCCUCCUCGGACGCGGGGGAGGGUGCCCGUUCGGGGCCGGGGUCAGGCUCAAAUGCCAGUCUGCUGGACCGCUCGGUCACCGGGCUUUCCUUCUUCUGGGAUGCUGACUGGCAGCUCCUCCGCCGGGCCCUGGCAUCGACUCCCUUCGGUGUGCUGCCAGUUCGGGCGCCAGGGGACGGCCCCGUGGCAUCGGUCUCCGGCCUGGACACACAGCAGCCGUACCUCUUCGUGGAUGAGUCGGGCUCCGACGCGCUGGGGACCUUUGGUCCAACGGCCUUGGACGGCUUUGUCGUGGUUCCGCCCUCUCCGGCACGGGGCGCAUUCGAGCAGUCCGCCCCUUUGAGCCCCUCGGACCCGAGCUUCUGGACGGUGGGACCCACCGCCGAGGUGGACCCGGAGGAGGUUCCUUUGCGAUCGGCCGACACCGGAGCCCCGAUGGAAACGCGGGCUGUGUGCUUUUCGGUCGAGUCGACCCGCGCCGGGCAGGUGGCCUCGGUCAGUACCUUCCUCGGGCGAUGGGUGGCUGGACGCCAACACACCGCGAGCCCACUGCUCUGAGGGUGUAAGCGCGCACUCCAACCUCCAUGAGGCGAGUGACGGGGCAGACCAGCACCCGGACGGGUUGCUCCUCUCCCUCUCUGCACCGACGCCGCUUCUACACCUGGAUGCACUUAUGCGAGGGGUGGGGGGGGGGGGGUGG